AUGGGUGAUCGCUUCUUUGAUCGUGACUUUUCCAGCGGUGGCAGCGGUGGCUUUGAUCGCCGUGGCCGUGGUGGCUACCAGCAGCGCGACAACCGCGGCUUUCAGGACCGUAACGGUGGUGGCCGUCGGCCCUCGCUUCCCAUCCCCGACGAACCUCCCUUUGAGGUUUUUGUUGGCAACCUUUUUGACGGUAUUGUCGAGGGCGAUUUUGAACAGUACAUCUUCCCCGAUGCCAAGAUUCGAUCAAUCCGUAUGGUCCGUGACCGCAUGACCAACAAGUUCAAGGGCAUCGCUUUUGUUGAGUUUGAAGACCGCCAAUCGCUUGUGGCCGCUCUUGAGCUCGAUGGCGUUGAAGUGAACGAGCGUCGCAUUCGUGUGAACGUGUCCGAGGGCAAGGGCAAGCGCGGUGAUCGCAAGAAUUUCCGUGAAGGCUCGGCUGGCGGUCCACCCUCUGGUGGCCCUCCUCAUGGCGGCCAGGGCGGUCGCUUCCAGGAUCGCCCCCAACAUGAUCGUCGUGACGGUGGUUACGAGCGCCGCGACGGCGGCUACGAGCGCCGUGAUGGUGGCUAUGGACGCCGUGAUGGUGGCUUUGACGGUCGCGGCCGCAGCAGCGCCUCUGAAGACCUCAAGCCAGCUUCAACCACUCCGGCUCCAGGCCGCCCUCGCCUGCAAUUGAAAAAGCGCACUGUUGACACCCCCGUCGGUGCCGUGAGCGAGACCGACAGCGCUGUUUUCGGCGGUGCCAAGCCCAAGGAAGAGAAGGAGGACGCUGCCAACUAA